AUGCCCGACAUGCACGCCGUUUUCCAACACUCGGCUUCACCUCCCAAGGUUGAUCUCGCCAGUGCCAAUUCGCAGCUCUUCCAGCUUCCUUCUUCCACCUCCGCAUCCUCAUCACUCUACUCGCUUUCUCUUAGUCGCAAACGAGCCCGUCGCGACACUGGAUCCCUUUUAACCAAAUUCGACCCAUCAUCCGAAAUCCACAAUAAUGCCUCUCCACUGAUCUCGUCCGAUUUCCGUCAACCAGGUACCGAUGAGUACCAUGCCUCCGCCGAGUUCGACUACCGACCCAACCGAUACCGUGAAUCCUUCCUACCCCCAUCACUCGAUGUCAGCGUUGAUUCCUUACUCGCAGAGGGGAACAGUCGGAAACGCACCCGCCGCGAUUCCAACAUCGCCUCACCAAUGACCGAUCUCCCCGAUCUACCGAGUCCAGCCACACGAGUCGGGUGGGGACGAACGGUGAUCAACGCUGUAGGCAAAGUCCUCGACCUCUGCUGGUCCGGUGCAUUCAAGGGCUUCUACGCCGGCGGCGGACAAGGAUAUGACAUGCACGCUGGCUCUGGUUCUGGCCCUGCAUCCACGACACAGUUCAUCCCAACCUGGGAGGCCGGUCCCAGUACUUCCGUCGAGAAAGAUCGCAUCUUUCGCACUCCCAUUCCCGGACAGUACCCAGACGAAGACAUCGAUCGCAGCUGGGUAGUUGUUCCUGGCGAACCCACCGAUCCCUUUGGCAACGACGAUCCCGACAGCACAGAUAGUCCAUCCGCUCUCCGAGCCCGUCGCAUCCACCAAACCUCAAGCCCGCGUCGACGUCAAGCCGUGAUGCCUCGUCUCGCGAAACGACCAAACUUGUCCGUGCGACCAUCCACACCUACAAGGAGCUCUGCGAUUCCAUCGCCACGAUCACAGAACGGUCCUGGCUCUGCGGAAAUGCAGAAAUACGCAGCACGGAUGCGCCGCAAAGAGCGCGAAGAAGACGCCAGUAUCCAACGCCUGAAUAAACAACUGCAGGAUAUGAUCCGGCAAGGCAAAGAAGCGCUGGGGACGACGGUAGAGGUGGAUGAUCUGGACAUGGAUUUCCAGUCAGAUUGA